AUGGAAAGGUCACUUGAUAGCAGCAACAGCAGCAACAACGGCAACAACAGCAGCAGCAAUAAAAGCAACAGCAACAACAACAACAGUACCACCACCACCAGCAACAACAACAUCAUCAUCAACAGCAACAUGAAUCCCCUCCGACUAAACCCAGUCGGCCCCUCCGCCACCACCACCCCACCGCAUCAGAGAAGGGGCUUGCCCCCUAGACAUGACAGUUCUUGGUCGGUGCCUUCACUGGAAACCGAAAAGAUGAGCAGCCCACCCGUCCGCGAGAGGGCGACCUCGGGGCGGCAGUGGUCCUUCCAGACCCUGCCCACUAUUAAAGAAGAAGAGGAGGAGGAGGAGACUGACGAGAGGGAGGCCGAGAGGCAGGAGGAGAAGGAGGAGGAAAGGAAGAAGGAGGGGGGUGUCCAGGAGUACGUCUUUCGGCUGGGCGGGCCAGACCUCACGGUCCCGGUCACGCGGCCCAAGAGGAGCGUGUGGAGGAGCCGGGCGCGGCGGGCGUGGCGGUUCUGCACGCAUUUUUUUGUCGGGACCAAGAUGUCCGGUCGGACGAGAAUGGGCUGA